GGCUACUGGAGGCUGGGGGGCGGGCCUGAGCGCUACAAGUAGGGACUGUGAAUGUUUUUGUAGUUUUGGCUGAAAGAAAAGGACGCUCCUGCCUUCCGGGUUGCUGCAGCUGGCAAGGGCUGCACGGUGUCCUGGGGGCCAGUGGGCCCUGCGGGCCCGGCGAGCUGAACACUCUCGACGCCGCCAGCUUGCCCCGAUUUUCGUGGAGCCUGCCUCCCUCGGCUCUUGCGCGACGCUCCCCGGCCCCGUUGUCAGCUCCGCGCACGGGAGGCCGGAAUCCCGGAGCCCCUGCGCGGUCAGCGCACCCACUACAGCGAAUGGGCCGCCCUGGCGGCGGGGCCUGAGAGCGGGCUGAGGCCCUCAGGGCUGGCUGCUGGCGGGAUGGACACCCUGGGAGAGGUGAUUGGCCUGAACGGGAGCAUAGUGCCGCCCCCGCCCCUGGCACCCAACCUCAGUGUGCCGCAUCGCUGUCUGCUGCUGCUCUAUGAGGACAUUGGUACCUCUAGGGUCCGGUACUGGGACCUCCUGCUGCUCAUCCCCAAUGUGCUGUUCUUCAUCUUCCUGCUCUGGAAGCUUCCGUUUGCUCGGGCCAAGAUCCGCGUCACCUCCAGCCCCAUUUUUAUCACCUUCUAUAUCCUGGUGGUCGUGGUGGCACUGGUGGGCAUCGCCCGGGCCGUGGUGUCCAUCAGCACCUCGGAUGCUGCAACUGUCGCAGAUAAGAUCCUGUGGGAGAUUACCCGCUUCUUCCUGCUGGCCAUCGAGCUGAGUGUGGUCAUUCUUGGCCUUGCCUUCGGUCACCUGGAGAGCAAGUCGAGCAUCAGGAGGGUGCUGGCCAUCACCACCGUGCUGUCCCUGGCCUACUCUGUCACCCAGGGGACACUGGAGAUCCUGUACCCUGAUGCCCACCUCUCUGCUGAGGACUUCAACAUUUAUGGGCACGGGGGCCGCCAGUUCUGGCUGGUCAGCUCCUGCUUCUUCUUCCUGGUCUACUCUCUGGUGGUCGUGCUUCCCAAGACCCCACUGAAGGAGCGCAUCUCCCUGCCCUCGCGGAGGAGCUUCUACGUGUACGCAGGCAUCCUGGCGCUGCUCAACCUGCUUCAGGGGCUGGGAAGCGCGCUGCUCUGUGCCGACAUCAUCGAGGGGCUCUGCUGUGUAGAUGCCACCACGUUCCUCUACUUCAGCUUCUUUGCGCCCCUCAUCUACGUGACCUUCCUCCGGGGCUUCUUCGGCUCGGAGCCCAAGAUCCUGUUCUCCUACAAAUGCCAAGUGGACGAGACCGAGGAGCCGGACAUGCACCUGCCCCAGCCGUAUGCCGUGGCCCGGCGCGAGGGCCUGGAGGCAGCCGGGGCUGCCAGCACACAGUUCGACGUGGCCGGCGGGGUGGCCUACCUGGAUGACGUGGCCUCCAUGCCCUGCCACACGGGCAGCAUCAACAGCACAGACAGCAAGCGCUGGAAGGCGAUCAAUACCUGAGUGCUGAGACCCGAGAGGAGGCCAGGGAGCAGAGAGUCCAUGUGGAGAAGGGCGAGGCCACGGCAGCAGCCUUGGGCAGGCCCCGUCCUGCCCUCCCGGCCUCAUGUUGCCCUCAGCCACCUCUGCUCUAGCUGGGGGGCUACCUCCCAUCUCUACCUGCCAUCUCCCUGCUCAGGGACAUGGCCAAGACUUUGAUCAGGACUGGUCUGGCCCUCCCCACCCCUCUGCCCACUCCCCACGGCACUGUGGCCUCCACAAAGUCUGCUCUAGUGGGUGGGUUGAAGUGUGUAUAUUUUCUUGAUCUAUUUUUUAAUAAAAAGGAAAAUGAGA